GAAAUGUGUUUACAAUAGAAGAGAUUUGCUUUUAAUAGAUGUUAACUAAAAUUUCCAUAACUUUUAUUCAGAUACCUAAGGACAUAAGCGGAAGAAAAACUCGUUCACGGAUUAUAAAUGAACUCAAGUGUAAAAAUAAAACACUCAAUACUUAUCGAUUUAUACCAUACAGUAUAAUCGAUGUUCCUAACUACCUCUUCAAAUCUGGAACAUUAGUGGAGUAUCGACCAAUGCCAAAAUUUUGUUCCAAACAAAAUUCACCGGAACAAUGCUUUGACUCAAGCAGAGAAAGAAUACGAUGUUAUUGGUGUUCAGCUAUUGAGAAAUGUAGCAAUGGUGGAGAUAUUCACACACUAAAAUGGUUAGAAAAUGAAUGUUAUAAAACAAAUAUUUCUCAGCCUUAAAGUCUCGAAAUUUUAACUGAAUCAUCAUAAAGAAUCCGCUAUUGUUGAGUCGUUUACAUAACUAAUAUUCUUCAUCAUUGCACUAAUAGUUCUUUUGUCCUUGAUAUAAAAAAUUCAACUAUAUGUGUGUUUGUUUUUUUGAAAACAUUAUUUAUUGAUAACUAUUCUCAUCCUAAUGUACU